ACACAGCCGGCUGUUUCAACUUUUACGUUUGGUUUCACACUAUACACCAGGUGGGUGUUAAUUAACACCCCAACCUACCGCGAAAAUUCUACAUCAGGCUACCACACACUUGAAGCGUUGAACAGCGGCUACAAUCGUUAAUGCACAAUACUUGGCAGCUAGGACGCUCUUCGGUAUCAAACGAAAACAUAUGCACGAAAAACGAUUAAGUAGAUUCUGUUCGUAUGCAACUCGGAGCAAGGUUUACGUGGUGCAUUGAACGCAAACUUUUUAUUUGCUGUAAUUCGCGUAAUUAGCCGUACUAUACCUUAUUUUCAGGAAAACCUAAGCUCCUCCUUAUCUAACGUCACACGAUUCUGAUCUCCCCUCCGCGGUUGUCAGAUACAUUGAAGCAUUUCGGGGUGAAGCAUUCUUAUAACCGGGCAGUAUCUACCGUCUCGGAUUGCAUCUAGGGAAAUUGAACUUGUUUUCUUCUGAGGGGGAAAUAUUGUCUUAAACAACAGAAACAAAGGAUAGCGUAUCCUUCGGUCAACCAAUUUAAUAUCCAAAUAUUCUAAGAUUGUAAAACAAGGAGAAGUGGACGCUUGGAUUUUUGGAACUUUAACAUCAGGCAACAAUUAGGGCAACACAUACGACUCAGUAAGCAAGUAUCUCGGAUAUUUUAAACAUGUAUUGAAGAUACUGCUGUAUUUGACGUGCUAUGAGCUUAAAAGCACUAGGACAGAACAGUUCGUGUGCUUUGGGAACUUGGUAGGCUACAGAAGCAUCGACCACCCCCACCCUCCCUCCCUCUUCCAAAAACUAAGAGUGGGGGGUAAAGACACAAGCAGCGCUGCCGCACUGCUGGGAACAUUCUGGAUAUAACAGAUAUAGCGGAGUCGUUUUCACGGGAAACAAUGGAUUGCUAAACUCGAUUUAUCUAUGCUUUACGUCGAUUUACACCGGCAUCCCGUCUCCGCGCUGCGUUUCUGCAUAGCGGACUGCGAGCGUUUUGUACCGCAAGCAGCCAAAGGGAAAGACCGACGUAACUGCAAACUCGUUUAACCGCUCAACUUGGAGUCGCUGUGCUGUGGGCUAGUACUUAAAAUUAGAGAUUGUAAGCGAAAUAAUCUUAGUUUAAAUCUCCGGGGCUCUGCCAGCGUGCGUCGUCCAACUCCGAUCCCAGCGGAGUAUCGGGCAUAUCCCAUCCAACCGGACAGGAAUUUGGACUGUGUCUCGUGUUUAAGUUGAAUGCCUGAACGAAUUCGUCUCGUUUGAACACGUCUUGCCGCUCAGGAGUUCCAGGGUCCAGGGAAGUCUGAACAUUUGUGGAAAGGUUGCUUACAUGGCGAUGGCGAUGUUGCCGAGUUUUUGGAUAUUCCUGAUGGCUGUCUGCGUGCCAGGUGGCGGGGCGCAGACGGUGCAGAUGGACGCCAGCAAGUGGGGCUUCGUGGGCUCGCAGGUGGAGCUCCGCUGCCUGUUCGUCAACAGCAACCCGCCGGUGAAGAUCUCGCAGGUCACCUGGCAGAAGUUCCUCAACGGCAGCAAGCAGAACGUGGCCAUCGCCAACCCCAGCCUGGGCGUGUCCGUGCUGCCGCCCUUCAAGGACCGCGUCAGCUUCAAGCAGCCGGCCGUGCGCCACCACACGCCCUCCCUGGAGGACACCACCAUCACCUUCUCCAACCUGCGGCUCUCCGACGAGGCCGCCUACAUCUGCGAGUACACCACCUUCCCCGCGGGCAACCGCGAGAACAUGGUCAACCUCACCGUCUUGGCUCGACCGAUGACCGUCAUGACGCUGUCGGCGCCCACCAUCGUGGCGCGCUCGUCGAACCGCAAGAUGACGGUGGCCACGUGCCUCUCGGCCAACGGGAAGCCGCCGAGCCUGAUCACCUGGGACACGCGGCUGAAGGGCGAGGCCAGCGUCCAGGAGACGCGCAACGACAACGGCACGGUGACGGUGCUCAGCAGCUACGUGGUGGUGCCCAGCCGCGCCGCGCACAAGCAGAGGCUCACCUGCGUCGUCUCCUACCGCAACGAGAGGAUCACCGACAGCGUCGUCCUCAACGUCCUGUACGAGCCGGAGGUGACGGUCGAGGGCUUCGACGGGAACUGGUACCUGAACCGCCAGGACGUGCUGCUCAUCUGCAAGGCCGACGCCAACCCGCCCGUCACCGUGUACCAGUGGAAGCUACUGAACGGCUCGAUGCCCGCCAACGCGGAGAUCCGCAACAACACGCUGCUGUUCAAGGGCCCGGUGACCAACGAGGUGGCGGGGACGUACGUGUGCGACGCCACCAACAGCAUCGGGACGCGCUCGGGCCAGGUGGAGGUCAACGUGACGGAAUUCCCUAACAUCCCGCCACCCGGGGGCCAUGAGAUCCCGCAGGAGCAGCACAGCUCAGGGGCGGCCAUAGGGGGCGCUGUGGGGGGAGUAGUCCUGCUGGCGGCGGCCGGCGCCCUCCUCUUCGUCUUCUUGCGUCGGCGCCAGCGCACCUUCAAGGGGGACUACAGCACCAAGAAGCACGUGUUCGGCAACGGCUACAGCAAGGCGGGGGGCCUGCCCGCGCACCCCCCCAUGCCCAAGAACCUGCAGUACCCCGAGGACUCGGACGACGAGAAGAAGCCGGCCCAGAUCGGGGGCGGCCCGGGGGGCUUCGAGGGGAGCGAGCGGGAUUUCGACGGCGACGCCGAGGACCUGAAGAGGCCCUACUUCACGGUGGACGAGGGCGAGAGCCGCGACUACGACGAGCGGACUCUGGCCUUCCAGUACGACCCCGAGCCCGAGAUGGCGGACGACAUGGUCUCCCAGACCGACGGCUCCGUCAUCUCGAAGAAAGAGUGGUACGUGUAGAGGCAUGCCGGAGAGGAAAAGAAACGACAAACGAGCGCCCCCUCAUUCCCACCAACCCCAUCCACCCAAACCCUCUCUCUCAGUCUUUUCCUCCGUCCCCCUCCAUUCCCACCCUUCCCUCAGCCUCUGCCUGGUGCCUCCAGCCUAACCCCUCCCCACCCCCCCAUCCUCCCAUCCUCCCCCCCCUCACACCCAUCUGAAUCCAUUCAAGUAAGCGGCAUUGGAAUCACUGCAUUAGUUUCAAAGAGCUCGCACCAUCAACCCGACCGCACGUCGUCAUCGCACCCUCGAAAGCUCUUCAGCGAUUCUCUUCGGGGAAAAAAAAAAAGGUUUCAUCGAGGAACUGGCGCGAGUCGUCGCUGACAUUAGAGGCCGCCAGGCCCGUCGCUCGAUAACAAAGCUUAUUUGUUACUUUCCUUUUUUUAAAUUUGUUUUUUUUUCCCGUUAAAAUAAAUGUAUCAAGUGUGUACAAAGAAAAAGAAACUACAUUUUUGGAGGAAUUGCUGAGUAUAUAUUGUAAAAGUCCUACACUGGCUGUAUGAUGUUCUUGUUUUUCAUUAUUUUUUUAUUUGUAUUUUUUUUAUCGUUGUUAUUUCUAUAAUGCCUUUGUUUUUUGGUUGGGGGGGUGAGGCGGGUGGGUUUGCUGACUGGUAACUUGUGACAGGAGGGGGGGCGGGGGGGUUAGACUGGGAGGGGGCAACUUUGGGUGCAUGUGCAGAGGCAUUCUGAGGAAAAUAGCCACUGGUCAAUAGUCACGUGACCACACGUGCUCAUUGUCCUCGGUUCAGCCCCGCCUCCCCUCCCUGCCCCUCCCCUCUCAGAUCGGAUUUAAGGAGGCGGUCCCCAAUCGGAGGCGUAUUGACGCGACGCCCUGCUGCGUUCUCGUAGACGCCGCCGUGAACCAGCCCUUAACGACGGGCGCAGGCUCGCGCGCCCCCGUGCCCCCGCAGCACGUGGACCCGCACCGCUACGGUACCGCGAAACGGUUCAGACGCACUCGUCUGACCGGCCAUUUGUGUAAACGCCGCCCGUGUUAUUCUGCUUCGCACCGGAAGAGCACCCUCGUUGACAGGAAGAGGAGGCGUGGCGGUUAAACGUGUCAUCGGGUGUCAUUAGAAUACACAAAUGCAGUCGGGAGCGGAGGCUCGUAAUUGGAGCCUCGGAGUGUCAGUCAUUUCUCAACCCCACCCCCCUUUUGUUUGAUAAUAUGGGAAACACAAUACUUUCAAUAUUGCUUCAGUAUUGCUCUGAAAUAUAUAUAUAUUUUUUUGUUGUUAAUUUUUUAUUUUUUGGCUAAACUUGAAAGAAAGCUAACCUUUGUAACCAGCUCUUUGUGUUCAGACCCAUGAGUGAAAUGGGUGAAUGAGUACUUCAUUUUUUCAGAAUUUUUACUUGUUCUUUUUUAUUUUUUUGCAUUGCUUUUUACACUACACUGUGUGGUCACAAUGUGUUUACUUAAAUUGCUUUUUUUUUGUUGCUUUUUUUCAUUUUUUUACGUGGUUAAAAAAUGUACAGAAAGAGUUGCCGUGCGCUUGGGACUAUUGUAAGUGACUGUGAUGUUUGUAUUGAUUCCAGGGGCGUGGAAGCUAAAGUGCUAGAACUUGACCCCCCCCCCCCCCAAACAAUAUCAUAGUUUAAUGAGCCCCCGUAACUCUCCGCUGCCCUCAUUAGAAAGCACAAAAUCAACUUAAUUAGCUCUGGUGUGACCUUUCGGUUCUGGAAGACUGCUUUGGCACAGCAUGGGUCCUUUGUUCACAGGUGGCAUCAACCCAUCAUCAAAAGGGGCCUUUGGAACACUCAAGGGACUCUCAAAAGGGAAGGAGAACCAAAAUGGCCGACCUAGUUUUGCACCUCCCGAACGUUGUUCCAAAAAAGAAAAAGAAAGAAAAAACUAAGAAGAAUAGAGAACAUGCCUGACUGUCGUUCGCCAGCAGUUUGAGCCUUGCAUCUGCGUGUUCUUUUGAUAUCGGUAUUUUUGUUCAUUUCGUUUCUUUUUUUUUUUUUAACAUUCACUUUCUUUCAAAUCCCGAAGGGAAAGAGGGGACCAAGUUUCUCUCACCGAAAAAUGGCUGACAGCUGCUUCUGUGUGUGGGCAUGCACAGCUCUCGGAGAUGGGAAACGUUUUUUUGUCUGAUGUUUGGAUCCCUUUGCUUUCCAUUGCCAGCGAUCAAGGUGGUACGCCGCGUCAUCUUUCGUUCAAAGCCUUCAGAACCUGUACACCAACGAAAUGGGAAUAAAGUUUAGUGGAAAAUUAGAGAAAGCGAAUCAGGCAUUAGGCAUCAACAUCCGGCCUGACUAUAUGACAAUAUGUACACAAGCCUUAUUUCUGUGUGUGCGUGCGUGUGUGUCUCUGUCUGUGUGUGUGUCUCUGUUUGUGUGUGUGUGUGUGUGUCUGUGUGUUUGAGAGAGACAGAGAGAGAGAGAGAGAGAGAGACAUAGAGUUAAUCGUGCUGUACUGUCUUCUAGUUAGCUGAUCUCCUUAGGUCAGGUGACGCAAAGGGACCAGUGUCUUGCCCUCGGUCAGGGAGUGCGACCGCAUGCACGGCCGCGCUUUACGCCGCGCGGAGGUUCGGCAUGUCCGGCGUUGUUUCGUUCGAAGCCCGGUGGGGCGGGGGCGGGGAGGUGGGCGUCUUGCAUCCGUUGUCUCCAGCCAGCUGCUUGCUAGCUCAUUUUAUUUAUUUAUCUCUGUUUCUAGGAGGUAUUAUUUGAUGUCUGAAUGGAGGAGUUUUUUUUUUUUUGGCCAGCGUUCAGACGUGGAGACCCGGCGGCCGCAGCUAUCGGCCGCCUCGCGCGUCGCCCUUGUCGCCGUGGAGACGCGCGGCGCACGCUACUCGCUCGUCAGAACCGUUAUCGCUUCGACGGCCCACGCCGCGAAGCCGCGACCCUAUCAUCUUCCCGCAAUUUUCCCGCUCGUUGGGAGACGUUCGCAGACGUCUGAGGUUUGAUGAAAGGGAAAGGCUCGCUCCAGUCUCUCUCUCUCUCUCUCGAGCCCCCAUUACGUGUUCUUUCUCUCCGCGUCGCCGGGGAAAGCGAUUGCGCUCAGCCAUUGUGUUCGCUGUUAUUUUCGAUGACAGUGGCACUCAAUCUAUGAAAUCGCAGCCGCCAAAGCACAUGCUUUUCACUGGGAGGAAAUGAAAGCAAUUACAAAUGAAUAUAUAUAUAUAUAUAUAUAUAUAUAUAGUUUCCUCAGUUUCGCUUUGAGGGUGUGGUUUUAUGGAAGAGAACUGUAGGUGCAAAGGCAUUUUGCAUGUGAUUACAGUUAUUCAAAUUUUUUAAUUAUUUUUUUUCUUGGCGGAAAAAAAAUGGCAGUCUGAGUUUAAGUGCUUUGAUAUUCUAAAAACAGAAGAGUCUUAUGAAUAGCAUAAUAGUGAACUCUACUCUGGACGGCCGCUCUGUUAACUGGCUUUGCUUUCAGUUUACGCAUGCUGUUUUUAAGCACGGCUUUCUUGUCCAGUCAUAUUUCUGAGUUCUGCUUAGCCGUGGUUUGCCUUUAUUUCACAGCUCCCUUAAUCCUCCUGGAGUUGCAGAGCUCGGUCUAGCCCACGCUCGGUGGCAGUUUUCAUUUCCCAUAAUUAAUGCGUUCCAUCAGAUCAGUUUUUUUUUACCCGAGACUCCACAAGGAAAUUUCAGAUCUAAGCUAGAUAGAUAAAAUAAGUAAAUACAUCAAACAGAUACCUGAAGCAGACUUUGAUGCCAAGUGUGAAGAUAAACAUGAACAGGCAUGCUGUGUACUGCCUGUUGCCUUUUAUUUUGGUGUGUGUGUGUACGUGUGUGUGUGUGUGCGCGCACGUGUGUAUGUGUGUGUGUUUGUUUUGUUGUACAUGCGUGUAAGGGGAGUAUUUCUGCUUGCCAUCCACAUAUCCAACCGCGUUCAAAAGAUCACACAGGGCUGAACAUUCCACUGUAAAUAAUGUAUAUGUCGUAAAAAAAAAAAAAAAAACGAUAAAACGUUUAUUUUUUUCCCCCCAUGUUGUGAAUAUUGCAGUAGGGGCCCUAUCAAUGUACAGUAGUCCUACCGUACGUCGACCACUGAACCUAGUAGAAAGACCGAGCGGAGUUCGGAGCGACCUUGUUUUGAUUUUUUGCUUCUCAAGACCCUCGUCUUCAUUCCUUCACGAGUAGAUUUUGAUAUGUUGUGUAGGAAUCUAAUUGAGCAAAAGAUGGCAGUACAUGUCUUCAUAUAUACGAACUGGAAUAAGCGAUACGCGUAGGCAGCCCUGUGAAUGUACUGUAUAUGUGAUUGUGGGUGCCACCAAUUUGAUGAAAACUUGUUCACUUGAUGAACCGGUGACUGCUUCAUAUUAUUAAAUGUUUUGCUGUCAA